AUGGGGUCGAAUGAAAGAGAUCAUCCGACGCAGCAUCACCCGCCUCAAAUCAGCAGUCUCAUCGUGCGACCAUCCGGAAGCCACGACGGAGAAGACGACCGCCGCGCCGCCGCCGGAGACUAUGAGACCGGAGAAGUCUCCCGUGACCGGCCCUCAUUUUCUCGCUCUGAUCGGCAUAAACGUGACAACGGACAUAGAACUCGUGCAAGUUCUAGCUCACCAUCCCGUCGUCCAUAUGAAGAUCACAGACAUGGCUCUGAUCUUAAUCAUUCAGGCGCUCCGUCUCGUGGCCGUGAGUUAAGCAGCAGAAGGGAAGCUUCUGGGAGAUACAGAGACUAUUCACCACCACAUGCUAGAGGAGGAGGAGGACCUGGUGCUCGUCCCCAUGGAAGAGGCUUUGAUGCUCCUGAACCUACACAUGGCUUGAGCAGAAACAACAAUUCAAAAGUGCAACCUAGAGAUGGAGAUUGGUACUGUCUAGAUCCACUAUGCAGGAACCUGAACUUUGCGAGACGAGAGUGCUGCUACAAAUGCAAGAAACAUCGCUAUGCACCUGCAAAUAGUCCUCCACCGCCUCGUCUUCUUCCUCCUCCGAUGAAUCUCUCCCCAAGAAGAGACUUUAAUGGCUACAGGUCUCCGCCACGUGGCUGGCCCCGAGACUACCCUCCACCAAGACUUGACCAUCCCACACUGAGAGACAGAGACAGAGAACGAAGCCGUUUGCAUUACUCAGACCAUGACUACCUUCCUCCUAGCAGAAGAAUAGUAUCUGACUGGAUCCAUCCCGAGCCGCUACCGAAACCUCAUUACGAGAGACCUCUCAGUCCACCUCGUGGUGGCAGCAGAUGGGGACGACUUUCGAGAGAGAGGAGCAGAUCACCACAAUUGAGAGGUGGUCCACCGCCGCCGUUGUUGAGAGAUGGUCCACCGCUGCACAGAGAUUACCGCCGUGACAGUUACUUUGAGAGAGGAGGACGAGAUGAUCGGCGUGGCGGCAGAGACAGAAUGGGAAACUCUUAUUGA